AUGUCUGGACGCGGCAAAGGAGGUAAAGGGCUUGGAAAAGGAGGCGCCAAGCGCCAUCGAAAGAUUCUGCGAGACAACAUCCAGGGAAUCACCAAGCCAGCAAUCCGACGUCUGGCUCGCCGCGGUGGUGUCAAGCGUAUUUCCGGGCUCAUUUACGAAGAGACCCGCGGAGUCCUCAAAGUCUUCCUGGAAAACGUUAUCCGUGAUGCUGUGACUUACACCGAACACGCCAAACGGAAGACCGUUACCGCAAUGGAUGUGGUCUACGCCCUUAAACGCCAAGGCCGUACCCUAUACGGUUUUGGCGGGUAGAGAAUCACGGAAACCUCAGAGAACUGAUAAACGGCUCCUUUAGGAGCCACCACCUCAUGCGAAAGUCGUGAUCAGCCACAGUGAUGGUCAAACCCUGUGUUUGAACAACGAGUCAAAGGGCGAUAUUUUUCUGCUCUCAACGUUUCUCCUAAUCCUUGUGUUAGCGUUAAUGCAGUGUAACUCGAGUCGCUUGUCGUGGUGUGCCAAAUAGUCUCUCGUUCCAACAGGGAACUGGGAUGGCAGGAAAUAGGAAGUAGUAAAUUGGAGUUUCAAAAGCCGUGCAAAGCUGGGUUCAGCGAACGUUCUACUCAAAUUCUAUUACGUUUCCACGCAAUGGAACCACGCGUGAUCGCACCGUUCUCCAAGUACGUUAGUUCUGAUCAUUAACACAUUUCAUUAACACACACAUUUCGAGUCGCUUGUCUUGCUAUGCAAAAUUAGCCCCAAAAAAGCCCCAAUAAAAAUAGCCCCAAUAAAAGUACCUCGUUCCUUAUUGGAACGGGGAUGGCAAGGAAUAGAAAAGAUUAAAGCGGGUUUGCAACAACCACGCAAACUUGUGAUCAGCGAUCGUACCAUUCAAACUCAAAUGCGUUUCUCUGUCUUGACAGGUAGGAAAGCAGUUUAUGCAAUUCGCAAAUUCCACACUCCAACAAUUGAAAGAGAGAGAGACAAGAGCGGGCUGCAAAUGUGUCGAGGCAUUUUGCAAAUCCAAAUUACCGUCGUCCAACCAAACGAAAGGAAAACAAAGUCGCCGGCAAUGUUUCCAAAAAAACCAAAGCUGAUUUGAAUUGUCUUUCAUUCCGUCUGUUUGAUUUUUAUUUGCUUUUUAUUUCUUUUACUAGUUUGGGAUCAAAAAUACGGAAUGUAAGCGAUGGACACUAGCUGAACUGAAACGAUUUGUUUUGAUCGAUAACAAAGUAAAGACGCGAGCGCUUGUGUGUGCAUGUACGAGUGUCAAUUGGAGUAAAUGGAUUUUUUCACUGAUCACGACUUUUUUCGAGGUUUGGUGGCUCCUAAAGGAGCCGUUUUUAUGGUUUGAUGUUGUCAAUGGUGCUUCUUCUCGGCCUUCUUGGGUAGCAGCACGGCCUGUAUGUAUUGGGAAGAACACCGCCCUGGGCGAUCGUUACACCAGCUAGAAGUUUGUUCAAUUCCUCGUCGUUUCGGACGGCCAACUGCAGGUGUCUGGGAAUGAUUCUGGUCUUCUUGUUGUCACGAGCGGCGUUUCCGGCUAACUCUAGAAUUUCAGCACUUAGAUACUCGAGCACAGCGGCCAAGUACACGGGAGCACCCGCCCCGACACGCUCUGCAUAGUUUCCUUUGCGAAGGAGUCGGUGGAUGCGGCCGACUGGAAACUGAAGACCUGCUCGGCUGGACCUGCUCUUUGCCUUGGUGCCCGACGCUUUUCCUUUCCCUCGGCCGGUCAUUUUAGUUUUCUCUCUCGCAAACUAGCUCGUGCUAGGACACACACUGAAAUCCAACGAUUUUGUUGUUCAAAUUGUGACGCGUUCCGAGUCGUGACGCCGUACUUAUCUCGCGGCUCGCGCGCGCUAAGGGAUCGAAACCCUCAAUCAAAAUUAAUUCCGCCCUCUGUUGCUCGUAGUCUUUUUCCUUCCUUUCACAGCUGUAUCUGAGCCAAUCGCUUCAAAGAGAAUUUUCGUCGGCAUACUAAUUGAUCCUCAACAAUGGACCUUAAAUAGGGAGUCAAUUCUCCUGUCUAGUCACACACCUCAGUCUAUUUUUGAGCGAACGGUGAUAGAUUUUUUCUAGACAUGGCACCAAAAGUUCCCGCGGCCGGAAAAGGCGAGAAGAGAGCCGGCAAGGCUAAAUCAGCCCCGACGGACCCUGGCAAGAAAAAAAAGAAGAGAAGCAAGAGAAAGGAGAGCUAUGCGAUCUACAUCUACAAAGUGUUGAAACAGGUGCACCCCGACACCGGUAUCUCCAGCAAAGCCAUGGGUAUCAUGAACUCGUUUGUCAACGAUGUCUUUGAACGCAUCGCGACCGAAUCCUCGCGGCUCGCGCACUACAACAAGAAAUCCACCAUCAGCUCUCGCGAAAUCCAGACCGCCAUUAGGUUACUGUUACCGGGCGAACUCGCAAAACACGCAGUAAGCGAGGGUACAAAAGCAGUCACCAAAUAUACAAGCAGCAAGUGA